AUGACGCAACAGUCGCCAGGUGGCAUUGCUCCUUGCACCUCCAGCAGCAGCAGCAGCAUGGAUGGGCCACGGUUGCUGCUGCUUAUCGAGAGCGAUGCUCUGUUGUUUGACUUGGCAAGUUUAGCCCAUUGCUUGCUGCAGGGUUUGCUGCAGCAGCAGCUACCUGCUGCCGCAGUAGAACAAUUGCUGCUGCCGGGUGUUCCUCUCGAGAAGGCAGCCGUUUCCUGUGCGUUUUCUGUGAUUGAACAGCAGCAGAAGCAGCAAGACGGAGCACCGAAAACAGCGGCAACACGGCGCAAACGAGUCGUGAAACUGCUGGAUUUCCUCCAGGGGAAAAUAGCAAGGCUAGCAGACCCAGAAAGCGCAGCAGUAGCUGAUGCAGCAGCAGCAGCAGUCGUAUCAAUAGGAGCAGAAGCAGCUGCGGCAAGCAGUUUGGCCGCAAGCUUUUGCUGCUGCUGGACUAAGGAUCCCCUUAAAACCGCUGCAGUUGCACAUCCCCGUAGCAGUAUCAGCCCGUGCUGCAACCUGCGGAAAGCAAGUGGAAACAGCAGCAGUAUAGGCAGCAGCAACACUAACGACAGCAACAGCAACGGCUUGGGAGUUGUCGAUGCGGAUGUGGAUGUCGCACCUGCUGCAGCGGCCACUGGAGCUACGACGGAUACGGCGGAGACAACAGCACCAGCAGGAACAGAAACAGCAGGAGCAGCAACAGAAGCAACAGGUGAAGGGUUUAGGCUGCUGCUGCAGCGCAUCCUUGCAUGCACGAAGCCUCACGUGGGGGCUUUGAGGCAACUUCGCCGCCUCUGCAGCGGCGACAUCGCAGUUGUUUGCUGCAGCAGCAACGGGCAUCUGCUGCAGCAGGUGCUGCCGCAGCAGGUGCUGCCGCAGCAGGUGCUGCUAGAUCGGAACACUCAUCCAACAGCUUCGGCACCAACGCCUUCUUCAGCAGCAGCGCCAGAAGUAAAUGCAACGGUGGAAGCGGCACCAGCUGCAACUGCUGCCGCUGCACCCUUGCUGCGCUCCUGUCAUCUGUUACAUCUCAGCAGCAACAGCCCUGCAGACUUUGGAUUUACUGUCUUUGCCCCACUUCGUGCCAAGGCCGUUGCAGAGCAGCAAGAGGUGACCCUGGAGCAGCAGCAGCAUCAGCAGCAAGUCAAGUUGUUGAAGUGCUUCGAGUCUAUGGACAUUGAAUCAUUGCGCAGGACCUACGGUCUGAAGGAGCCACAGCCGCAGCAGCAGCGGGAGGAAGGGGAUGAUGAGAUAGCUCCAGUGUAUGGAGACCGCGUUGUGCCCCUCCGUGCUUUGCAGUUUCUUGACAGCAGCAAGGAUGAGUCCUCAGCAAUCCCACCAGCAGCAGUUGCAGCAGCGAGAAGGACGUGGCAAGGCCUCCUGCGCUGUGGUUGGGGCACCUGCUUUUUGCUGCAGGAGCCGCUGCUGCUUCAGGGUCUUGUGGUGCGUGGCUUUGGCAGAGGGAGCUCUUUGCUAGGAAUCCCAACUGCCAAUCUUUUGCUGCAGAAGCAACAGCAGCAGCAGCAGCAACAACAGCAGCAGCAACAGCAGCAGCUAGAGGAGUCCGACGCAACAGGGGAUCUGCCCCUUGUGCCUGGUGUAUACUUCGGCUGGGCGGCCCUCGUUCCCCCUGCUGCAGUAGCAGCACCUGCUGGUGCUGCUACUGCUGCUGCUUCAGGGGAUGGUGCAUACCCUGUUUGGCCGUGCAAGACGGUGCUUUCUUUUGGCUUUAACCCCCACUUCGGUAAUAGCAAGGCUACAGUGGAGCCGCAUUUGUUAGCAACAGGAGUUGGCGACAUGAAAGGACAGCAAAUGAAAAUUGCCAUUUGCGGAUUCCUCCGUUCUGAGGCUGCCUUCCCUCAAUUCUCGCACCUCAUAGCCGCUAUUCAAAGGGACUGCGACUUUGCUAUCUCCGCUUUAGACCUCCCCCAAGCAGCAGCAGCAAAGAGUGCCUUGUUGUGA